GUGAAGAGGACGUGUCGGUUCUUCCCCAGCCUUUCAAUUCUUGCUCCAACAUGGUGUUUCCCGCCUCAGAAAGUCAGGCCUGUUAUUCCCCGGCUGCUCUUGAAGACUUGCAUCCUUUGACUUCCUUCCUCCGGACCACAGUGAGGUCCAGAGGACGUCACACUGGGACGUUCGAGCUCCCUGCGACACAGCCAGUUGGAGACAGCCCUCGGUGGGGACAGUUGGAAGGUGUUCUCGCUCCCGCGGAGCCGGUGUGCAGGAGGAAACGCGGAUUCCUUAGCCUGGGUCAGAGAAGCUCUAUGGAUCAUGGAAGAUGAAACAAAGAAUAUAAAAAGGGGAAAUGAGUCUACACACAUACUCUCUGAAGAUAUUUAUAGCACACAAGACAGUUUAAUAGGUGAUGUCAACCUUGGGAAUUACUCAGAGAGCAUACAGAAUCAACCAGCUAACACUAGGGUUUCUUCCUCGAGACAAUUUGAACCCAUUUGCAAAUUUCACUGGAUAGAGGCAUUUAAUGAUGAGAUGACAUUUCAAGACCUGGGGGAGGAUUUUUCUUACUCGGAGAAGCCAGAGUUGCAAAGCCAGGAAUAUAAUGAUACAGCAGGUGCCAGUGAGAAGCUAGAUGCAUAUAAGGGAGAAAGUCCAAUGGAAGAUAGCAUUUCCGAAAAUAAAUACCAACUUGUUGAUGAGCACGUCAGGAAAUCUCCUCGAAGUCUUUCUCUGAAUUACUACAGAGGAGAGACGCAGCCAUGUGUGGAAAAGCCACUGGCUAGAAGCGCUGUUGUAGAUGUCGCCCUCAACAUCAGUCAGCCUCAAAGCUUUCUGUGUAAGAAAAAUGUCUGCGGAAGUGGUGAAGAUGCAUUUGAUAGUGAGAAUUGCUUAGACCUGCUUGACUUCAGAACUAACUAUGAAACAGAGGAGCCUGAAGUUUCUUCAAAAGAAAUGGAGAAUUCUGGGGAAAUUUCUGAGAUGUCAGUUAGUCACCAGGAGGAAGUCACAGAAGACUGUGUAGACAGCCUAGCCAUUACCUCAUCUUGGUCUCCAGCCGGCAUCUUCAAGAGCAGAUCUCAGGACAAGUGCAUGAUACCUGAUAGGGAGCUAAGCUUUGAAAACUUGGAGCCUCUGGAAGAGGACAUGGCUUUAAAUGAAGCCUUGCAGAGAUUGAAACAGACUAACAAAAAACAGGAGAAGCAGAUCCAAGACCUCCACGGUAGGAACCUGCACUUGGAAAACAGGCUUAAAGAACUACAGAUGAAGGUCACCAAACAGCAGGUGUUGGUUGACAUCAUAAACAAACUAAAGGAGAACAUGGAGGCCUUAAUCGAUGACAAAUACAACGUCCUCCUAGAGAAGAAUGAUAUCAACAAGAAAUUUCAGGAUCUGCAGGAGGUUUCGGCUUCCACCAAAAAGCACCUUCAGGAGUCCAAGAAAGACAAGGAGACCUUGCAGCUCCAGGUUAAAAAGAUCAAGGUCCAUUACGUCCGUUUACAGGAAAAGUACAUGGCCGAGAUACAGCAGAGAAACAGAUCGGUCAGCCAGUGCCUGGAGAUAGAGAGGACCUUAAGCCAGAAAGACGAAGAGCUACAGAGACUGCAACAGCAGAGAGGCGAGCUGGAGAUGGCCACCAGUUCCGCGCUGGGCUUGUUGAACAGGGAGAAGGAGAUCCGGGAACAAGAGUUCUUGGCCUUUCAGGAGGAAUUCCAGAGGCGGGAAAAGGAGAAUCUGAAAGAAAAACGGAAAUUGAAAUCGAGAGUUGAGAAGCUGGUUGCGGAAGUGAAAAGUUUGCUCUUCACCUGUGAGAGCGAGAGAGCUAAAAGUUGGAAGCUCCAGCAGCAGGUGGACGAGCUGAAGCAGGAAAACGAAGAGCUCCAGCAGCAGGCUGCAAAGGGGGAGGCACAGGCUUGCACCCCUAAGUUUGAAAUAAUCCAGUCCAGGGAGCAGCUGGAGGAAGUGAUGGAGGCAGUCGGCACCCAGGGUACAAAGUGGCUCCAUUCUAAUUUGUUCGUGGAUUGCUCGCCUUGUAAAGAAACCCUGGAACUCCCACCUAUGACGAGGACUUUCCCACUGGCCUCUAGAAUCCACAGUCUUUUGGCCCUGAUAAUAGGACUUCUCACAUGUCAGGAUACCGUCAUUCCUGAUGCUGGACAUUGCCAAGAAAGCAAGAAAGCUAAUGACGUAAUGCUGCAAAAACUGAAGAGCUUUCACCUUAGAAAGAAAGAUUUAGAGAAAGAGUUGUUGAAACAUAAAAACAGAAUUGCAACUCUUAAAGAGUUAAUUGCUCAUGAAAAAGCACUUCCAGAUCACACUGCUGAGGUCACAGAGUUUGAUUCGGAAGAAGCCAAGAAUGCCCAAGAUGCACCUGUGUUACUGGCAGUCAAACUGGAUAAAUACCACAAUCUAAAUGAGGAGCUUGAUUUCUUGAUCACAAAGCUGGGGGGCCUUCUAGAGAGCAAAGAAGACCACUGCAGCAGACUGAUCGAGGAGAAUAACAAAUACCGGAGACAUGUAGGCAGCUUAAUAAAUAAGGUAACGUCAUAUGAAGAAAUUAUCAAAUGUGCUGAUCAAAGACUUGAGAUAUCCCAUUCUCAGAUUGCACAUUUGGAAGAGAGAAAUAGACAUUUGGAAGAUUUAAUUAGAAUGCCCAAAGAGAAAGCCAGAAGGUCAAGACCAAGAUUAGAAAAUCAUCCAAAGUCCAUGACCUUAAUAGGUCAUCUUGAUGGACACUGUAAAGAAUGUUCUAUUUCCAUGUGAACUGACUGUAAUACAUGAUUAAAUACUCAUUCCUGAAGUUAA